GCCAGGCUCAUUCAAACAACGACGAACGAAGGCAACGGACGGCAUACGGCAAACGGAUCGGACUUGCGCAUCCCACAACCAUCCAUAUCCUUCCAUAUGUAUCUGUUUCCCCAUUGAAGACCAAGUUUUCCCCCACUGCAAUCUGAAAAAAAACUGCAACAUUUGACAUUUUUACCAACCAGUGACACUGCAACGACAUCUUCUGCAACGCUAGACAUUAAAAGGAGAGUGAAAAAGUUCCAUUAAGUGUCGAGAAUUGUGCAAAAAACGUUGGACGCCCACGCGUCGCUAAAGUUGUGCGGUUACGGUACGGCGUACGGUGUAUUGGUAUACGGUAGUACCUUGUCGUCGUUCAGUGCAGCUCAGCUCGGACUCGGGAGCAACCACUAGCAGCUGGCAGAAAUUUUCCCGUUUUAUUCGUACGAGUGUUUGUGUUGAAAAUCAAUAAACUCUGUCGUCGUCGUUGUGUAGGCUGCUCUGCUCUCUGCUGUGCUCUAUUGAAAGGGCAAACCCGUCAACGUCAACCCGUCAGUAGCAGCCACCGUUAACCGGCCAUAUGGCAACUGUGCAUUGUUAGGAAAUUGUCAUAGAAUCGCAAUAAAGGAGGGGAUCAGAACUCAGCACUCAGCAAUCAGCAAUCGAGAGGCACCUGAGGACCUAGAAAUUAUAGAAAGUGCCCGGGGAGCGUUGCAAUAUGGCGUCCAGAUUGGAAAUAAGCGUUAGCAUGGCACUGCUUGCAACUGUGCUGUGCAGCAUAGUGGGUCAUUGCGAAAUGUCCGUAUACCCAGGACUACGUCGCCGACCCAUACAGGCGCCCGUUAUGGAUCCGCAGAACGAGCAGGAAUACGCUUUCCUGGCCCAGAUGAUGGAGCAGUACGCCCGCCGUCGCCUUCAGCAUCAAUUUGACCAGCAGCUGCACGAGAUCAACAUGAAGCUGGAACGCCAGCGGCAGCUGCUCGAGAUGGAGCGGUACCGCCAGCGACAGCAGGAGCUGCAGGUGGAGCGCGAGACGGAGGACGACUAUGACGGCGGUCUCAACAAUCUGAACAACCAGCAGUACGACCAGUACGACAACGUGGAGGCGGAGCCCAGCUACGGCAGUCCCAUCAGCAAUUUGCCCGAUGUCCACUCGCCGGUGUAUCUGCCAAGUCUUCCCAAUCUGCCGAUUCUGCCCAGCCGCCACGGUCUUCCCAAUUUGGGUCGCAACAGUGUCCCACGCGAGAAGAUUCCCUUCGCCGUGGGCCCCAACGAUGCCCGCUUUUUCGACAACCCGAGCGAUCCGUCGGGUGAGAUGGACUCGCGUGCCCUGGAGGACUACGAGGAGUAUGCUCCGAUUCAGCCCACACCCGAGGUGGCGACGGCCACCAUCAAGACCAUGAUCGACACGCCAGUUCCUGCACCUGUGCCCGUGGAGCCGCCCAAGCUGCUGGAUGCCGCCAAUGCCAACUUCCAUCGCAUCAAUCCCAACUCAGCGGCCGCCGCAGCUGUGGCGGGAGUCAGUAUUCCGCAGGGUAAGGACCAAACACCCCACAAGCUGAACGCUCUGAUCACCAAGCUGCAAAAGCAGAGCAAGUCCCCGCAUGUGACCCUGGUCAAUGGAGGGGGCGACGCCAACUCCGAGCAGAUUGUGCUCCGCCAGCACAUGGGAAUGAGCAGCGAGAUGGGUGUCUACAUUGUGGCCCUAAUAGCCGGUAUGAGCGCUGCUGUGACUGUGGGACUUCUAGCCCUAGGAGUGACCUGGGUGCACAAUCGCAGCAAAGCCGCAGCGGAUGUGGACUAUCCGGCGUAUGGUGUGACCGGACCCAACAAGGACGUCUCGCCCUCCGGCGACCGCAAGCUGGCCCAGAGCGCCCAGAUGUACCAUUACCAGCACCAGAAGCAGCAGAUCAUCGCCAUGGAGAACUGUCAGGCCACCGAUGGCAGCUGUGGAAUGUCCGACGUGGAGAGCGAUGACGACAACGAGGAGGGCGACUACACGGUCUACGAGUGUCCCGGCUUGGCGCCCACCGGCGAGAUGGAGGUUAAGAAUCCACUCUUCCUGGACGAGACGCCGGCCACCCCGGCCAACAAUCUCUCCUCGGCGGCUGCUACCAACAACAACAUCACCCAGGCCACACCCCAGCAGCCGCCCACCGUGAAGAAGGGCACGGUCAAGCCGAACAUGAAUCUGUUGAAUGCCGCCGCCACCGCUGCCGCUGCCGCUGCUGCUGCAGCCGCUGCUGGUGAGGAGUCGAAGCAGAAGCGCAAGAGCAAGAAGUAAGCUAGAAGAUUGAACUUUUACCCCCCCCCCCCUCCCCUUGGAAAUGCCCGCAGGUCGUGGCAACUGGUAAAGUUUGACUGAUCCAUUGUCAGCCAAAAGGACACACCAUACUUUACACACGCCGCACACCAACAGAAACGCAGACCAGACUAGUUAUAUAAUCCAUGGAAUCUAAUUCCCCCGGCUGCAGCUCGCUCGCUCGAGUGCAAGGAAGCGUAGCGUACACAUAACAAUCCAGAUGGCAAACACAGAUACUCCUACACACACACACACCAGAUGCCACACGGCAACUGUCUCGUCUGUUAUCUUCCCUAUGAAUAAGCACACAUAUGUAAGUCCUAUUACAUGUGGCAUUGUAUUGUAUCGUAAUCGUAAUCGCAUCGCUAUGGUAUAAGACAAGCCUCCGCAGCGCAUCUAUCUGUCAAGCCCCCCAUUGCAAAUCCAAAACCCCCAAAACCCCAACCCCAACCCCAACUCGAAUCCAGCUGUCAGUUGCACAGUGGGAAACCAGGUUAUGGCAUGGCAUGGCAUUGGCGGCAUUGCUGUGUCUGUGUCUGUGCCCAUUCAACUGCAACUGAUUUCCUGUCUUUACAAUCCAAGAGGUGUACUUAUUUAUGUCAUGGGACAAAUACCCACACAUAUAUGUAUAUUAUAUAUUGUAUAUCAAACUCUUUUUUGGUGUCUGCAACUGGAAUCAAUUUAUAUGGGAAGCAUACUUUAAAAUGGGGCAAAGGGCCACAGGGCCAACCCACAGGGCAAGCAACCAACUAAAUGCUAACUAACAUAUUAUAUAUUAUUAUAUACAUACACACACACACACACACACAUAUUGAUAUACACAUAGAUAUAUAUAUAGAUAUAUAUAUAUUCAUGUAAUUAUUGUAACAUAUAUACAUACAUAUUAACCGGGAGCGGAAGCGGAACCGGAACCGGAUCUCCCCCCUCUUUUACUACGUAACUAUCUUUUUUUAUUUUUACUACGCUUUGUGAUCGAAUCCUAAAUUAUCUGUGUCAAUUUAGAAAUACAAUUCUGGUAACCAAAUCCAACACCUAUACAACACAUACACACAUAUUAUCUACUAUUAGAUUGGAGAAGAGAUAUGUACUAUGUUUUGAGGGAGCGGAACGGAGCGGAGAUGAUGUUUAUUUAGCGGAGAAGAGAAUUAUUUACAAGUAAAACUUAACAAUAAUUUCCCUGCACAUUCAUGUAAAGUAAAUGAAAAACGACUGAUAACACACAAAAGAUAACACGCGUCUAUUGUACAAAAAUGAAAAUGAAACGAAAAAAGAAAUGAAAUGAAAUGAAAUGAAGGAGCGUUUAAGAGAGAUACGAGUACAAUUUAUUUACUGUCUAGCGAGAGAUUAGCAGAGAAAACUAUCAGCGGAAACAAAUCUCCACAAACAAACAAACAAACAAAAAACCCAAAGAGAAACAAUUAUAAGAAACUGUAGCUAAACAUUUACUAUUACUAAAACAUAUUCCCAACUGCUGUAAAUAAAACAUACAUGAAGCGUUUAGAAGAAGGUAGACAGAGAGCUAGCUAAAGCUGGGAAACCAUUGCGGCCGAAACAAUACACUGAAGACAGAACAGAAUUGAAGAACUUACGAGUUGAAAAACAAACCAAAACAAAAACAAAAUCAGAGCCCUAAAUGAUUAAUUUGACUAUUUAUUGAUUACUAGAACAUGCAAAGCAUCUGGUGGAGUGGAGGCAUUGGAAAUUGAAUUUGAAAUUUAAAUCGAAUCUGACUUGGCAACAAUAAACAUGCAAGCAGCAUAUGUACGUUGAGCGUAAUGUUGAGUUUGAAAUAUAUAUUUUAUGGUGUUUGGCUAGAGACACGACAAAAUAAUCUGAUGCAAAUUAAAAUUGAUACCAAAAAAUGUAACAAAAAAAAGUAAAAGUAAAAGUAAAAGUAAAAGCGACACAGAGCCCUACUUAUAUUGUGAAUAAAAAGUAUAAUUUAAUUUAUUUAUGUAUGAUAACCGUAAUAACACAAAUUAUACAAUAUGCAUACAAAAUAAACUAAAC